AUGGGAUCUCCAGAAGUCUCCAACUUCUCCGUUGAGUAUCUUCUGAGAAGUAAAGCUUCAGAUGAGACUCCUCAGUACAAUGGGGUCCGCGAUGAUCACCUGUACCGGGCUCAGCAUCCAGUGGAUUACGGCUACCUGCCCCACGCCGCCGAGCCUCGGAGGGGAAGCCGUAGUCGAAGCCGGACAGUCUUCACGGAGAUUCAGACCCAGCAGCUAGAGCUGCUCUUCAGCCGCACCGACUAUCCGACGCCCGAUGAGCGCGAAGAACUGGCCAGAAGCACCGGGCUCUCGCACGAGGUAAUCCGGGUGUGGUUCAAAAAUCGUCGCGCGCGAAGGAAGAACCAGAACGCGCCGGGGAGCCCGAACACGAACCCGGCAGAAGAGGCGCGAAACGAGCGAACGAACGAGCGCAGCUAGAGCGUCGUUCCUUUCGAAGCAAAGACGGAGCCUCAAGCGACCGAUAAAACCGCAACCGUAAAGAGAUCGAGCAAAACCCAGCUGAACGAUAUUUAUUUUAACAGCCCAGCUACGUUUUGUUCACUACCUCAGCGUCAACGCGUCAUUUUUUCA